AUGCGUAGGACUAUUGGUGAGAGUUCUAAAUAGCUUGGUGCUUUCAUUGUGGGGGAUUAUUUGAAAGGGUUUGCUUGGUUGGAUAGUUUGAGUGGUUUGGAUGGGAGGAUUGAGAAGAGCUUCAAAGAAGCAGAUGAGAUUUUGGAUAUGAUUGUUGAGGAUGAGAUGAGAGAUUGGAAAGGAAAGAGUGAGGGUGAGUGUGAGACUUUUAUUCAUGGCUUGAUCUCUCUAAUUGAUAAGGAUCAGAGGAAGGAAUUUACUUUCAGUAAGGAGAACAUCAAGGCUAUUAUCAAGGACGUGAUGGGCGCUGGAACAGAGUCAGUAUCUGUUGUGAUGGACUGGAUCAUGGCAGAGCUCCUCAAAAACCCCAACAAACUGGACAUCCUUAAAACUGAAAUCAGAAAUGUCAUUUCUGCAACAACUACAACCAUAAUCAAAGAACAAGACCUAAAAGAAAUGCACUAUUUAAGGGCAGUUAUAAAAGAGACCUUACGUUUACACCCUCCAGCAUCAUUACUUGUCCCAAGAGAAUCAAUGCAGGAAGCUCAAAUAGGACCUUAUAAGAUCCCAAAGAAUACACAAGUUAUGACCAAUGUUUGGGCCAUUGGUAGAGAUCCUCAGGUUUGGGAAGCACCAGAUGAGUUCAGGCCUGAGAGAUUUCUGGGAAGUUGUGUGGAUUUCAAAGGCUGUGAUUUUGAAUUGCUUCCAUUUGGUGCUGGGAGGAGGAUUUGUCCAGGAAUUCAGUUUUCAACUUUGAUAAUUGAGCUCACUAUUGCAAACUUGGUGCAUUUGUUUGAGUGGAAUUUGGGUAUGAAUGUGGAGGAUUUGGACAUGAUUGAAGGUCCAGGUCUUACAGGUAGGAGGAGGGUUGAACUUGUUCUUCAUGCAACUCCUUGCUUUUAAAUAUGAUGAAAUCUAAAGAUAGUUGUAAUAAUAUUUGCAUGUACAUGUUGUCUCUUUGUUUUGUGCGGGUUAUCUGUUUACUCCUCCACAUCCAGAUAGACUCAUGUUCUCUACUGUUUUUAUCUUUGUACUCUUUCUCUUAAUGUAAUCGUUCUCUUUUCUAAUAAAUGUGUUUUAUUCUCUUAUA